AUGCUCGCUACUGCUACGACCUCAAAGUUUACUCGUUCCUUUUUACGAAGUGGGCGAUUUAUGUCCACGUCACAAAGCCUUCUUGCCGGGAAAAUGACUGUUCGGGAGGCCAUUAAUAGUGCCCUGAAGGAGGAAAUUGAGAGAGACAAGAAUGUUUUCAUCUUGGGCGAGGAGGUCGCUCAGUAUGACGGUGCCUACAAGGUCACCAAAAAUUUGUGGAGGACUUUCGGCGACGAUCGAGUAAUAGAUACUCCCAUUUCUGAAAUGGGUUUCACCGGGAUCGCCGUUGGCGCCGCCAUGGCCGGCUCACGACCAGUUUGUGAAUUUAUGACUUUUAAUUUUGCUAUGCAAGCCAUUGAUCAAAUUAUCAACUCCGCUGCGAAAACUCACUAUAUGUCCAAUGGGCGGGUAAACGUUCCGGUCCUUUUCCGUGGUGGCAAUGGUGCAGCUGCUGGUGUGGCCGCCCAACACAGUCAAGACUACGCUGCUUGGUAUGCUUCCUGCCCUGGCCUCAAGGUUGUCGCGCCUUACAGCACUGAAGACGCAAGGGGUCUUACCAAGGCCGGUAUUCGUGACGAUGACCCAGUUGUAUCCCUGGAAAAUGAAUUGAUGUAUGGCGUCGCUAUGGACACCUCCGACGAAGCCAUGCAUCCCGACUUUUUGAUUCCUUUUGGGAAGGCUAAAAUCGAAAGGGAGGGCUCUGAUGUCACCCUUGUUUCCUACUCUAUCAGCGUUGGUGACUGCCUUGAAGCUGCCGAUCAACUGGCCAAGGAGGGCAUAAAUUGCGAGGUAAUUAACCUUCGCAGCCUUCGUCCCAUUGAUGAUGAAUGCAUUUUUAACUCGGUGAAAAAGACCCAUCACCUUGUAACAGUGGAUCGUGCAUGGCCGUCGUGUGGUAUUGGCGCUGAAAUCUGUGCCAGAAUUAUGGAGAGUGAAACGUUCUUCCACCUGGACGCACCUGUCUACCGCGUGACCGGCGCUGAUGUUCCCAUGCCUUAUGCUGGAUGUUUGGAGGCUGCGUGCACCUCGCAUGCCUCCAACAUCAUAACUACUGUGAAAAAGGUUCUCAAUCGCCGCUAA